AUGUCCGAAACGAAUCACCUCUUCGGCUCCUGCGCCUGCCAACGAAACCAAUACACCAUUCUCGUCAACCGCACCUCUUCCCCUCUUCCACAAGUCUUCUUCGACAACAGCACAUCCUACCGCCGCACCCAAGCAACUCCCAUAACAGCCUGGCUCCGCGUUCCCCUCGCCCACUACCACAGCACGACGCACGCGCUCUUUCCCGAUGAGUCCCACUCGGCGAUAAAACGCACUUUCCACACGCCCGCUUCAUCGAGGAAGAUUACCGAUCCGCCGGUGCGGAGACAAUUUUGCGGAUUUUGCGGGACGCACUUGACGGCUUGGGAAGAGGGAGGAACGCAGAUCAAGGACCGAGCAGGAGGAAGUGAGGAUUGGUUGGACGUCACCCUGGGAUCUCUGGAAGACGAGAGCCUAGAACGGUUGGAAGAACUCGGAAUCCUCCCCGACAGCAGUUCGGACGACAGUUCAGCCUACGAAACAGAAGGAACGGACAGAACCCCCGCCGAAGAAGAGCCAGACGCAAUGGUUCCCAGGACUACGUCCACCCGCCCACCGCACCGCAUGACGAGUCGCGGAAUCCCCUACUUUGAAGAACUCGUCGAGCACAGCCGUUUCGGACGGAUCAAAAGGCAGGUGGGCGGGCAUACUUCGCGGGACGGUACGAUGAGCGUGAGGUGGGAGGUGACGGAGAUUGAUGGGAUGGCCGGCGGUGAUGAUGAGGAGAUGCCGGACUCGCCGGAGUUGAGAGGGAGUGUGGCGAAGAGGCAGAGGGUUGAUUCGUGA